UGCUCUGCCUGUCGCCUUCAUGCACUACCCCAAAAUUUGCUCGAAAUCUACACAAGGAACAGAUUCCAAAGCUUCAUUUGACAGUAAACCCAUCACCAGCGCGCAUUAUUCACACGCAAAAUAAGGAAAGAGAAACAGAAAGAAGAAAGAUCACUUCUUUUUAAUCCAUUCUGCAAUUUGGACCUGCCCUUUUCUUGGUUUUUGCAUUCAAGAACGAACGAAGAUAAGAUAUAUUUAAGAAGAGAGAAGAAAAGGGUUGCUGUGGGUGGAGGAAGAAUGUUAAGAGCUGCAAAAAACUAGCUUCUUUGUCUUCUUUCACCCCUAUCUAGCCUAACUGGGAUUCUGCUUUUCUCUUGAAACAAGAUUAGAAUUGGUGUUUCCUUUUGCGUUGUAAUUGCCUAAUUCUUUUCAAGUAGUUGUAUUUAGCACCAAAGUUUUGUUCUUGGUAAGAGCCACCUUCAUUAUAUAGCUCACCAUUCACCUCCUUCAUUUUCCAAGAAUUUGUGAUUGUAGUUGGAUUCUGAGCUUUUAUCCUUUCAUAUUUGUGUUUUACAUGCCUGUUCACGGUAGAUCUGCCCACCAGAUUACCCUCUGUUUAGCAUACAUUUCCUUUUACAAGACUCUUUGAGAAUUGGAAUGUAAAAGUAAUUUUGUCUGAAAUUUUUAUACUUUUUUGCCAAGAUUUCUACAAGUGAAUUCUUGGUGAAGUACACGGUGAGAUAAUCCUCUUCUACAGGUCUACACGAGGCCCACAAUUUGGGUUAGGUGGGCUUCGUCUUAGCCAAAUAGUACCCAUAUUUUUUCUGUUGAUAGAGAUUUGAAGAUCCCUUUUCCUCUUUUUUUAUAAGGAGAGGGUGAAGAAGAAGAGAAAUACACCAAUUUUUAAUAUUUUUCUGUAUUCAGCAAGGCUCAUUGCUUGUCCAUUAUUUGGUGGCCUAACUUUUCUUGACCACCCCCUUUAGUAUUAUUAUCCCAAAUAUAUAAGUGUAUAAUUGGAGCUCCAGACCCUCUUGUCAAAUGCUUUUCUUCUUGAUCACUUGUUCCUUCUCCUUCAUCUUCUUCUACAGGUCUCUUGUCCUCAAGCCACUCCCUUCGUGGGCUUGUGAGAUGAGAUUAGUUUCCCUCUGGUUCUGGAAAGGAUUUUCAUUUUUGCCCAUCAUCAAGUCCAUAAGAAAUACUAUCUUAGGUGUAAUUUUCUCAUUUUUCACUUCAAGAAUGCCUUGUAAGAAGAAGAGUUUUAGUUCCAAAGUGGAGACUAUUGACAGGAAAUCAGGGAUGUCUGUGUUGGAUUUGCCUGACCUUGUAUUGGAAUGCAUUCUUGAGAAGCUUCCACCAGAGGAGCUUUGUAGGAUGGCCAGUGUCUGUGCCUCCUUGAGGGAUAAGUGUAUGAGUGAUUACUUGUGGGAAAAGCACAUAAAAGAUAAGUGGGCUAGAAUUAUUGGUCCUGCAGCAUACAGGGAAUGGCAAUGGUAUAUUGCUUCAAGAAAAGAUUCCAUCUUUUUCAAUCAGGGAAAGCAGAAAGGCUUGAUGGGCUAUCUCACUCACCUCUGGCCGGUCGUAUUGAUUCGAUCUAGUUUUAGCAGCAUUAGCAAGAAAAAGAACUCUCCUCCAGCAGAUUCACUCAUGUCUUGGUAUUUUGCUCUUGAGUCUGGCAAGUUUUGGUUCCCUGCUCAGGUCUAUAACCGUGAGAAUGGUCAUGUUGGAUUUAUGUUAUCAUGCUAUGAUGCUGAGCUUAGCUAUGAUCUGCGAACCGACACUUUCCAGGCCAGAUACCCACCACAUGGAAGGAGAGCAAUCACAAUAGAGACUGGUGUGACAUGGGAUAGACUUAGAGCACCCCCUGUUGAUACUUCUCCACAUGAUCUUCAUAUCUCUAAUUGUUUAACUGAGUUGCAACCUGGUGAUCACAUUGAAAUCCAAUGGAGAAGAAACAAAGAGUUUCCAUAUGGUUGGUGGUAUGGUGUUGUAGGCCACUUGGAAACAUGCGUUGGAAACGCCAAUUACUGCCGAUGUCAUGAUAGUGACACUCUGGUGCUGGAGUUCAACCAAUACACCCCCGGUUCACGUUGGAGAAGGACAACUGUUAGUAGGAAAAACCAUAGGGAAGAGGGAAACGAGGCAGAUGGAUUUUAUGGUGGAAUUCGGAAACUUCGUACUAAUGAAGAGAUAUCCAUGUGGAAAAAGCUCUGGCCGUCUGAAGUAUUGGAAUGAAUCCACAUCUAAAGUUCGGCUAUAAGUUGAUUAACAGCUGAUUCAGAAAAGCCCAUCUUUCUCCACCAAAGACUCCAAAAUCUCAUCAAGAAAAGCAUUGUAUGCUAGAUGUACAAGAGAUGUAUGCUCAGUAGCGUGGCCAAGAACUGGAUUCUUGUCGGCCCCAUCUCUUCCAGAAAAAUUAUAAAUUGUUUUCUUGUAAAGUACCGAAUACAUGAUAGGAUUAUAGCAAUUUGUAUAUUGCCUCCAUUGCAUUCUAUAUAGAUGUCGGAUAAAAGAAUGACAACGGUACUUAUACUGUAAGCCCAUGAGUCUGUUAGGCUUCUCGUAGGCAGGUUUACACUUAACAUUUUGCUCCCCUAAGCUCAAUGGGGCUCAAAUAUGUUGCAAAGAAUAGAACCAUUCUCGGCAACUGUAACUGAAUGAAGUGAUACUCAUUGUAUUCAUGUUCUUUCUCUUGGAAAUGCAUACUUUGGUUGCAGUGAUGAAA